AUGCCUUAUCGUCAAGUCAUAAAUUCGUGUCGAGGACUUAUACUUGUCAGCUCGGAUUUCCUAAAGGAAGAAUUCUACGUGUACAAUCCGGCAACACGGCUAUACAAAUUGCUUACUACCCCUGAGUGCGAUGUUGAGCAACGGUCUAAUAAUUUGAUACCAGCCUUGGCAUUCGAUCCAACAGUAUCCCACCACUAUAAAGUGGUGUGUAUUGUGUGCACCUCGAAACUUGUGGGAGAUGAAUACAGGUACCGGGCUAACAUUUAUAGCUCGGAGACGGACGAAUGGAGCACGAGAUUGUUAGCACAUCAAAAGGUCAAGAAUUGUAGCAAGGGCGUCUACUUCGGUAGGUCGGUUUAUUGGGAGGCAUCGCAUGGAGUGAUACGGUAUGAUAUUAAGGAUAAUCAUUUGGAAAGUUUGGGUUCGGCCAAAGAGUAUUACCACCCGAAGAUAUCGGAUAGUGACGCUGAGUCCGGGCUGCAAGAGAUCGAGGGGCAUCUGUACAAAUGCAGGCUACACAUAUCGGAAAACAAGUCUCAGUCGAUUCAGCUCUACAGGAUGGAGAUGGACGAAAAUAUGUUAACUUCGUGGCUUAGGGUCCACGACGACCCAAUCAAUAGGUGUGGUUGUGCUUUUAGAUCAAGGAAUGAUUGGCAUGCCAUAUUGGGAUGCAUGUCAAUCAAAGGUGAGAUACGCACCGUGGUUUACCACAAGUGCAAGAGAAUGAUCCUUUUCAACCACUCCAACAAAGAAAGUAGCUCGAACUUUGAGAUGAUUGAUACACUUUGUGACUCGGAGUUAUCAAUUGCAUCUAAACCUCAAUUGCACAGCUACCAGCCAAGUCUGGCGGUAGUGUGUGCUCCGAAGGUUAAGCAAGCCCCGGCACCCGAUAGCACAGGAGAGGAACUCACGACGCCGGAGGAAGAGGAACCAGCUGAAGCAGCGACUGCGCAAGAGGCGACACCGGUUCGUGAGGCGAGACCUCAGCGCUCGCGCAGGCCACCAAACCGUUUUGGAGACUUGGUGCCUCACUAG